GGAUGGGCUUCUCUCACAGCUGGCAUUGCCAGAGGAAUGGCCAUCCACGGGAUGUGAUGUGGAUGCCCGGUUGAAGUCUGAAGUGGAAGCUGCUCUAAAAGACGAAGAGGAGCUCUUUGUCCAUCCUGACCAGCAAGAAACACUUCCGAUGGAUCUGGAGCUUCCCAACCAGGAUAUCCACCCCGAAAAGCCUGAAGAUCGAAGACAAGCGGUGAAGGAAAUGAAGCCGCUGAUGGUUGCAAUUGCAUCUGUGGAUAAAUCCUUUGAGGGGAAGGGACGUGGCAGGGGAAGGGGGAAAAAAGCACAGAAGCCUUCUGGUGAUGUUGCUGCCCCUGCAAGUGAUGCCAAGCCUGUGGGCGAAGCACUGCAGUCAGCAGCAAGUGAUGCCAAGCCAGAUAAGGGUGUGGGAGAAGCACCGCAGUCACCACCCAGGGUGGCCAUGGAGGCCAAGCGCAAGGUGGGUGAUUCAGUUCAAACACCUUCCAAGGCAUCACCUAACCAGAAGGCCCCAAAGGAAAAGAAAAGGACACCAAAGGUGGCUGCUGAUGAUGCUGCUGGGCUUCAGGAAUGCUGGGCAGCACAGGAGGCUCAGUCGCGAGAAGCUGGUGUGCCAAUCCCUCAGGACUUCAGUGGCCCCAAGCUUCGAAAAAGUUACACCUUACCUGCUGGUGAUGGAAAGCUAGCAAUUGGUGUCUUGUGGUUUGCGAAGAGCUUCUACGUCUAUGGUGUCAGCAGAUUCACCUUUGUGAUUGGAUUGGACAAUGUGCUGAUUGGAAUGGUAGCAGCUUCCAGCGUGACGUCACUUGGUGCAAAUGUCCAACAUCUUGAUCGCUCGCUUCAGUCUGAUACUCAUAUUGUGCAUCUCGAUAUCAGUCUUUUGGACACAAUGGCUCGAUCAGAUGAUAAGCGGAAGAGAAAGGGCAAAACAAAGUCCACCAGCAGCAGCACAAGUACAUCUGAUGAGAAGGAGCAUGAAAGAAAAGUCAAGGUGACAAAGAAGAAGAGAAAGGCUGUGAAAUCCAAAUACCUCCGAGAAUUGGGGGAGCCGAGAAGCAAGCAGAAGAAGAAAAAAGAUGAGGGAGCGCAGAAGCCAGACACCAAGGACAACACAGAGACAAAGAAGCCAGACACCACGAAGCAACCACAGCACAACACGGAGACAAAGCAGCCAAACACCACCAAGCAACGACGGCACAAGGAGGAAACAAAGAAGCUAGACACCAAGCAACCACAGCACAAUGAGGACACAGAGAAGAAGGAAACAAAGAAGCUAGACACCAAGCAACCACAGCACAACAAGGACACAAAGAAGAACCCAGACACCAAGAAAACAAAAGAGCCAAAUGACCAAAAAAAGACAACCUCCAAGAAACCAGAGGACAAUGAGCUGGUUGACACAAAACGCAAAUGCCAGGAUACAGCUGGAAAGAAGCCCAAGGUGCCCCGAACAAAUACCUGUGGUGUUGAUGGUGUUCCAACACCUCCGGAGCUUGGGGAUGAUCAACGGUGCCCUGAACCAGUGCAGCCACCAGUGCAACCACCAGUGCAACCACGACAAGGUGACCAUGUGGCUGAAGAAAAUGCCGCAUCAGCAUCAGCACAGGUGCAACCAGAAAAGGACCAGCAGUCACAGACUGGGCCAGGAGGGGUGGGACCAGAAACAAAAGAAAGCCAGGAGGCAACAAAUCAGCAAGAGUAUCCAGAACCAAAUGUACCUGGCUGGACACCAUCAUGGAUGGACAAUGGCAUGCCGACACCACCACUGUGGCCGUUUUUGGUUCCACCAGAGUUCCUUUGGUUGUUCAACCGCUACUAUGUGCAAGUUCCAAUUCCGGAUCCUCCUUUCCGUUAUGGCCAGAGACUAGCAGAGACCGGUGAAGAACCUGUACCUCAACCAGGUGCUGAAGAACCACAGCCAGAGGUGAUUGUACAACCUGAUCACACUGGCCAACGACCGGUGGCUCAUCAGGAAAAUGAGAACAAGGAUUGGGAGGAUGUGAACAAGGAGUGGUGGGGCGAGCACACCAAUGGUGCCAUGACCUGGCAGUCUUGGGAGAACAGCAAUUGGGAGGGCAACUAUGACUACAACCAGAUGAACCAGAACAGUUGGAACGUAGAACAGCCGGGCAGCUCUGUGCUGGCUUUGAUGCCAUAUAUGCAACAUGUCAUCGUGAUGUCUGCGCCCGUUGUGGAACUUUUCCCGGCUACUCCCAAUGGACCUAUGGAGGUGACUGUUGAUGUGGAGGACACCCAGAUUGACCUGUCCCCUACAGGCCCUACUACCAAUGGGAACGUGGACAACUUGGCUCCUUCAGCAACUGGUGAAGCUGGAUCCAGCAGUGCAGUGCCAGUGCAAGAAGCGAUGAAACAAUUGGCUUCAAACCCCGUGCUCAUGGAAAAUCCAGCUUGCUUGGGUGAGCUGCUUGAGCGCUUGGUUCACAGUGCUGCUGCACGAGCUUUGGAACCUUUGAUGGCUGAAGACAAGGAUACCCAGAAGCCUUCCUCACCUUCAGAGGUGCCUGGCCUGAAAGGGUCUGAAGCUGGAGUGGUAGCUUAUAAGAGCUAUUGGAGCAAGUUCAAGAGGCCCUCAACAUGUUCAGAAGCCUCUGCCCCAGUGGACAAAACACCCAAGAAGGAGGAAAUGGUUGUGAGGGUUGAUUCCCAAACCUCCCUGGAAGAACAGCUGCCAGACAACCAACUCGGAGAUUCGAGCCUGUAUCCGCCAUCUCCAGUGCCUGCUACCCCUAUGUCUGCAGUUGCAGCAGCCAGUCAGACUGAAACACCAGAGCCUAUGCCAACAAUAGCAGCAGCUGUCCCGGAACCAACAGCAAACCCUGCACACACCGAUGGUGCAAAGCAACACGGCCAAGACCAAGGACAGGGUUCUACUCCAGAGCAAAAAAGCCCUGAGGGUAGUGGUCAUCACACUCAUGAUGGUGGAGCUGCUGGUGAAGGUGAGAAGUCUAGUGAUUUGUCACCAUUUGGUGGUGAAUUCUCGGAAUCCUUCCAGAAGGCACUUGACGACAUGUUUGGCCCAACACCUCAGGACAAGGGACCUGAACAAAAACAUGAGGAACUCGUUGAGACCAAGCCUGAGGAGAAACCUGACACCGACCGCAAGUUUUCACCCACCUCUCGUGAUGUUCAUGCGUGUUUGAUGAGAAAAACUACAGUGGACUUGGCAGCAGAGAGCAUGGCAGGGCACACACAGGUGCUGAUGCACUUAGCAGGGGUUUGUCAGCCAGUUUGGGUUCCCCUCACAGUGGACCAAGCACUUGCAGCAGGACUUCAACUCUACGAUGCUGACAAGAACCAAGCAGCCACUGCCUCACCUGGACAAGAGCAUAAGCCACCAAGCAUGUCAGCACCAGUGGGCGUGCAAGUCACCAGGAGCGAUGGCAAUUAUUUGAGGAGUUUUGUCAGUCGAAAGAAGAUUGGUCAUGCAGUAGCCUGCUGGCAAGUUUGCGUGCUGAACGUGAACACUCAAGGGCUGGACUUGAAGAUGUUCCUUUGCUGGGACAGCACCUCGGAAACAUCUUCUCAGAAGGUCAGCCAGUCUCUGUCGGUAUCCAAAGAGGGUGGCCUUGACAAUGUGACUGCUGGCAGCAUGAUGCCUUGUGACAAACCUUCCCGGGGCGAGGGCAAAUCUGAAGAGAAGAAACCAAAGAAGGAAAAGAAGCCUCCAAAGGCUAAAACACCAGAACAGGAAGGCAAGAAUGCACAGCUGGCUUCGGGAACUACUGGUGACGAUUUGCGUCCUGCAAUUGAAGAGUUGACUGUGUCCAUCGGCACCUACAAAACAGAUAUGUACUUCGUUGAGCUUCCUGUGAAGGAUCUCACCAGUGAUGAAGAAAAUGCAAAAACAACUGCAAGAUUGGACCUGUCACGGUUCCUAUUCUUCUGUUUGAGAUAUGAGCUGUCAUUGGGACCAGAGACCCUUGACCCAGUUCUGCGUGUGGCAGCUUGGAGCUUUAACGCAGCGUAUGUUGCGCAGCAACCUACCAUCGGUCCAUUCGGAGAUCGAUUGGAUCCAAAGCGAGCUAGGUACACGAUGUUUGAAGACAUGCAAAGCUUUCCCAGGAUGACCGUGCCACAGUGGUACCUCUACAGCUUGAAAAACUAUGUGAACCCACUAUGUGGAGAAACUUUGAGCGAAAAACUGGCAUCCAUGACCCGUGAGUUCAACAAAUGGAUCUUGAAGCGAUGGCGGGCACUGACCAAGUGGUAUCAACGUGCUGCAGUUCUACAGUGGCCACUCCGGCCCAAACACCACGCUUCAUGGUUCCAAGUUUGG